AGGAACAGGAGCACCCCACUGCCGGCUGAUUGUGACUGGCCUAGCCAGCAUGUGCUGGGCGCUGACCGCCGCGGACUGAGCCGUGAUUGGCUCGACCAGGGAGCGUGCUAGCAGCGAGUUGCGUCGCCAUGGUCCCGAGUUGUGAUUCGCUUGAUCUGUUCCGAGCGUGCGCGGAUUGGCUCGGGCUGCGCGGCAACACCUGCUCUUCAGCGCCUGCAUCCCUGAGAGGGUAAUAACGCAUGCGCAGUUCAAUGUGUGUUAUGCGCUGGGAACCGCCUGGAUUUGCCAGAGAGAGGCAGACGGGACCUUCUAUCUUGCCGAUAAACAGUAUGCAAGUACAGUGGGAUUGGCUGUAUUUGGGUGUCUUGUUAAUCAGCUCAGUAACUGCAGAAAUUCAUGAUGAAGAAAUCCAGGAUGCGGAUGUUGAGGUGGAGGAUUUUGAUACAAACUCACAAGAAACUGAUCUUGACAGAGGCAGCUCUUCUCUAGAGGUUAUGUACAAGACUCCAGAGCCUACUGGGGAAGUGUAUUUUACAGAAACCUUUGAUGAUGGAGUAUUGACUGGGUGGAUAUUAUCUAAAACCAAGAAAGACAAUACAGAUGAAAACAUUGCUAAAUAUGAUGGAAGAUGGGAAGUAGAAGAGCUUAAAGAAAACACAGUGCCUGGAGACAGAGGAUUAGUUUUAAAGUCAAUAGCAAGACAUCAUGCAGUAUCGGCUAUGUUAACAAAGCCGUUUAUUUUUGAUACUAAGCCUUUGAUUGUUCAGUAUGAAGUGAAUUUUCAAGAUGGCAUUGAUUGUGGCGGUGCAUAUGUUAAACUUCUGUCCAGUUCUGAUGAUUUGGAUUUGGAAUACUUUUUUGACAAAACACCUUACACAAUUAUGUUUGGACCAGAUAAAUGUGGAGAAGAUUACAAACUGCAUUUUAUCUUCAGACAUAAGAAUCCUAAAACUGGAGAUUAUGAGGAAAAACAUGCUAAGCGUCCUGAUGUAGACCUAAAAAAAUUCUAUUCGGACAAGAGGACACAUCUAUAUACUCUGGUGCUGAAACCAGAUGACACAUUUGAAAUGUUAAUUGACCAAUCAGUUGUCAGCAAAGGAAAUCUUCUAGAAGAUAUGGUUCCUCCUGUGAACCCUCUGAAAGAAAUAGAAGAUCCCAAUGAUAAGAAGCCAGAUGACUGGGACGAGAGAGCAAAGAUCCCCGACCCUAAUGCUGUCAAACCAGAUGACUGGGAUGAAGAUGAGCCUUCCAAAAUAGAAGAUCGUGAUGCUGUCAAGCCUGAAGGCUGGCUUGAUGAUGAACUACAAUACAUCCCAGAUCCCAAUGCAGAAAAACCAGAGGAUUGGGAUGAAGAAAUGGAUGGUGAAUGGGAAGCCCCACAGAUCCCUAAUCCAAAAUGUGAGACUGCACCUGGCUGUGGAGAGUGGGUGCGUCCCAUGAUGACUAAUCCAAACUACAAAGGAAAAUGGAAACCACCAAUGAUAGAUAAUCCUAAUUAUCAGGGGAUCUGGAGUCCUCAAAAAAUCCCUAACCCAGAUUAUUUUGAGGAUCUUCACCCAUUUGAAAUGACUGCUGUCAGUGCUAUUGGUUUAGAGCUGUGGUCUAUGACUCCUGAUAUAUUCUUUGAUAAUUUUAUCAUCUGUUCAGAAAAGGAAGUGGCAGAUCGAUGGGCUGCAGAUGGCUGGGACUUGAAGAAAUUGGUAGCUAGUGCUAAUGAGCCUGGUAUGUUUAGUCAGUUGGUGACUGCUGCAGAAGACCGUCCAUGGCUUUGGGUUCUUUACAUCUUAACUUUAGCACUGCCUGUAGGAUUGGGUGUAUUGUUCUGCUGGCCAACCAAGAAAAUAGAAAAAGACAUUGACUACAAAAAAAUGGAUGUCUCUAAGCCAGUUACAAAGGGAGAACUGGAACAAGAGAGAGGGGAGAUAGCUGAUGAAGCAAAAUUGGAAGAAGAAAAAGAAAAUAAAGAUAUUGCUGUAGAAGAAGGUGAAGAUAAAAAUGAUGAAGAGAAUGAAGCUGCAGAAGGAAGUCAGGAAGAAGAAGGUGACAAAUCAAAUAAAUCUGGCUCAGAGGAUGAGAUGAAAGAAGCUGACGAAAGCAUAGGGUGUGGAGAUGGUCCAAUGAAAUCAGUACGCAAAAGAAGAGUACGAAAGGACUGAGUUAUUUCCAACUAGUAUUUUUAGUUCCUGAUUAUAGAAACUUAGCAUGCCAUUUUGGUGUGCCUGACAGCAUGCAGGUUACUGAGACUUUAUAAAAAGAAAGAAAAAAAAAAACUGGACUUAGCCUCCUGCUUCCAUCUCCAGCCUCCUUGAUCUUCCCCAACUUAGCAUUUUUCCUCAACAAAAGAAGGAUAAAAAGUAAUCUGUGAAAAGUUAAAUGGUGGUUUUAAUUUAGAUUAAAAAUAAAAUGGCAAUUUUAUCUGAUUUAAGAUUGAUAUUCUUAGAAAUUAGUUAAUAUUGAUUGAUGGUCAUUUUGGCUCUAAAUGUUUUUUAAAACAUGAAUAGUAAAUGUGAUGAUAGUAUUUUGCAGCUCUAGCACAAAUCAGCUGCUUCCACUUCACCUGAAGUGGACUGUAGCAUCUCUAGUAGUUCACAGCCCUAAAGAAAUGGCCAGUCCAUUUUUUUUCUGUGCAGAGCUAAAUACAAUAGUUGUUUUUGUAUGAUAAAUACAGUGCUAGCAACGCAUUUUAUUGUAAAUGAUCUACCUUUUAUAAUAUGUUUGUGGUCACAUGUUCACUUUAGGCAUUUGUUACAGUAAUUUAUUUGACAAGGUAUUCAUAGGAACACUGGUUAAUAGAUAGCAUAGCAUGUUUUACAUCUGAAUGCAGAGACUUCCCAUCUACUUGAAGUAAAAUGGUGUACAGGUAACUUUUUUCAAACUUUUAUAGUUCUCAUGUUCCAAGCCAGAAUGGCCUAAUCCCGGUUGACAAAAUAUUUAAGUGUACAUUGCCUCUUGAAAAUAAAAUAUUUAAUAUAA